GUGGAAUCUGUGGAUUGUGUAAAAGGUUCACUGCAGAGGCUUCCGGAACGGCAAGAAAUCUAAUAAUUCCAGAGUAAUUGGGCAUCUGAUCAUGGGGGAAGCAAAGAAAUCCGCUCUCUUUGUCUGUUUAGGAAACAUCUGCCGGUCUCCAAUUGCUGAGGCAGUGUUCAUGGAUGAAGUCAAGAAAGCUGGUCAGGAGGAUCAAUGGACGAUUGACAGUGCUGCAAUUGGGGGUUGGCAUGUUGGAAAUAAUCCUGACUACCGUGCUCGUGGGACAAUGGAGAAGCACAAUCUUCCCUACAGCAACAGAGCCAGGCAGAUUAAGAAGGAAGACUUUAAUAAAUUCACCUACAUCUUUGGGAUGGAUGAGGAGAACAUCAGUGACCUUAAGGAGCGAGCUCCAGCCAAUAGUUCAGCAAAAAUUCUCCUCCUGGGGGAUUUUGAUCCGGAAGGCAAGAGAAUCAUCCGGGAUCCUUACUAUGAUUCAGGAUCAGAUGGCUUUGAGCAGUGCUAUGUACAAUGCGUGAGAUCCUGCAAAGCUUUCCUGAGCAAAGCAACCGAGGGAUCAGUUUAAUUUGUCCGCCAAAAAGCACGUCAGCGAAAUUUUCCCACUGCAAUGUCCUCUAAAAAUAGAUCAAGACAGAUUGUCAAGUUGGGCGUGAAUAAAAUGUGUGCGACCACUGAGAGAAAA